CCCAGGACAGACGGCCAGCGGCAAGAAGCUCACACAAAGAAGCCUCCCCUGAUCUCCUCCUCAUCCUCCUCGUCGCGCCAUCGCCGCCGUUGCUGCCUAGCCACAACGCGGCGUCGGUGGCGAAGAUGCUGCUGCUGAGGGCGUCGACGCCGUUCUCGUACGCGAAGGUGGAGAAGGUGGACGCGGAGGAGGCGCGGCACCUCAGGGCGCAGUACCUGAUCCACAAGGUGCUGGAGGAGAAGAGCCCCGCGGCGCGGUCCCGGCCGCCGGCGCUGGCGCUGGCGCGGGUGAGGACGAGGAUUGGCGUGCGGCUGAAGAAGAUGAGGCUCGCCAUCCGGAGCGUCAGGGUGCGGGCGUGCCGGACCCUGCAGAGGCACCUCAGGAACCUGACGAGGCUCAUCGCGCUCGGAGACCAGCAGGGAUCAGGGGAGCCUGCAGGCUCGCCUUCUUGAUGCCUCGCUUCCUGGGGAGAGAGAAGGAAGGAAAAUUGCCAUGUUUUUUGUUUUUCUUUUUGGUGUUUCUAGUGUGGAUCAAAGCAAUGGUUAAUAACAUCUGAGCUUUGCUGAGAGGUUUGGAUCACAAUUUGUAUCAGUUUAAUUAGGUGGUGGAAGGAAUCAUAUACAUACGAGAUGUGUAAUACUAGUAGUAGCAAUCGAGCAAUGCCCCUGUUCAGGUUUUGCAUUUUCAUGCCUUGCUGUGUUCUGGAAUCCUGCUCUGUCAGUUCUACAGAAGCCAGAGAUUUCUUUUA